GGCGUCUAGGUAAAAAGCCAUUGAUCAAAAUAUUUUUGCCUUGAAAUCUGACGUUAGAUCGUAAAUAUCUCAUAGAAAUMCGGAUAAAAAUGACAAGGAAACGUCCAAAACGUGAUGAUAAACGGCCAAAGUUGAAAGCUUUGGCGGAAAAAGCUAAAAAACUACGUGAAUCGGUCGCAACAGGAAAUGUGAAAAUGGUUCGAGAGCUCAUUAAUGGCGGAGCAUCAGUGAACCAAAAGGACCCCAAUGGAUGGACAUUACUUCAUCUAGCAGCAAGCAGAGGACAGGAAAGAGCUUUAAGGGUAUUAUUAGAGGAAGGAGGCGAUCCGUUGGUCAAAGAUUCCGUCGGUGGAUUUACUGCACUGCACUACGCAGCGAUGCAUGGGAGAACUCGAAUAUGUCGUCUUCUUCUCGACUACGAAGGACUCGAUGGCAAAAAACUCGUCGAUGCGAGGAGCGACGAUGGUUGGACUUCUCUUCAUGUUGCUGCUCACUACGGUCGGGAACCGUUUGUUAAACUAUUACUAGAAUCAAACGCUCACGUCGAUGCUUUAAGUGAUAAAGGAACCACGGCACUUCAGCUCGCCAUUAUUCGUGAGAGAACUACUUGCGUUCGAGUUCUUCUCGAAUCCGGUGCGAAUAUAGAUGUCCAAUUCGGUUUUCCUCUUCGUUACGCUGUCAUAAAAGGAAAUUUUCUCUGUGCCAGAAUUUUGGUCGAACAUGGAGCUCAAACAAGUAUAMGAAGACUUGAGGAUGGCCAAACUCCACUUCAUCUCGCUGCWCUAAGGAACAACGAGACCCUUGCUAAGCUUUUGGUCACGUUCGGCGCCGAUGUAAACGUAUUUAAUGACGAAGGAUUAACUCCUUUAGGGAUAUCUCAGAUGAUGUGCAACGUUAAUAAUACGGAGAGUGGAUGUGUGAAAUACUUGACUAGUGCAACUCGAAAUGUUCGAAGUUUACAAGACUGUUGUCGACUAGUGAUUCGUCAGACGUUAAAUCGUGAACGCUUAGCAGACAUUUCUAAUUUACCGCUGCCUGUCCACUUAAAACACUUUCUGAAUUAUAAAUACAAUUUCCUUCAAGAAUAAACAUAWGAUUGAAUAGCAAACUUCAUUUGUAUUAUUUGUGAAUUGGAGCCACAAGUGGAUUUUUUUUACCAGACAAAAAAUGUGAAAUAGUUAACGAUGUUUUGGAAAUCAUUUGUAAAUGCUAUGCAAAUAUAAGUUAAUAGGAAAAUUAUUGUAUAUUUAAAAGAUUAUUCAUUAGUAAAAAAGGUAGAGUUAAA